CAUUUUUAUACCCUCUCGGCUGAUCAUCACUUUCUCUUCUUUUUGUUGAGAAGUAAAAAUGGCAAUGAUGACAAAUCUGCUGGCCACAAGCAAAGCCCUCAAAUUGCACGUCAGCUUCUUCUCCUCUUUCCCCUGCAGACCGAACCACUUCUUGGCUCGUCGUUUGCCACAAUCAAUGGCACCUAGAGUCCAAACUUCUUGUUCAUAUCGUGAAACGUCGUUGAAAGCUAUGACGCCGUUUACUACGCCUGAGCCAGAACCAAGUAGUGUUACUGAGGGAGUUGGAAUCCUCCGUUUCUUAAAAGGAAAAAACUAUCUUGUUACUGGCGCAACAGGUUUUCUUGCUAAAGUGUUGAUUGAGAAAUUAUUAAGGGAAAGUCCUGAGAUUGGGAGGAUCUUCCUUUUGAUCAACUCCAAGGAUCAAGAAUCAGCCAACAAGAGACUCUAUAAUGAGAUCAUAAGCUCGGAUCUGUUCAACCAUUUGAAGCAACUACACGGGAGCUCUUACGAAGCAUUUAUGAACAGCAAGUUGAUUCCAAUACUUGGAGACAUUGGAGAAGACAAUCUCGGGAUCGGAUCUGAUAUAGCAGCCAAGAUCAGUGGUGAGAUUGAUGUCAUUAUAAGCUGUGCAGGUCGCACAACAUUUGACGACAGAUACGACCUUGCUUUAAAUGUCAACGCGCUUGGACCUUGUCGGCUCUUGAGCUUUGCCAAGGACUGCAAGAAACUGAAACUCUUUCUCCAUUUCUCAACUGCUUAUGUGACUGGUAAGAAAGAAGGAACAAUACUAGAGACUCCUCUUUGCCUUGGAGAAAAUAUAACUUCUGACUUGAACAUCGAACAUGAGUUGAAACUAGCUUCAGAAGCUGUAAGAAAGCUACAAGGUAGUGGAGAAACCAAGAAGCUGAAAGAACUUGGUAUCCAAAGAGCUCAACACUAUGGCUGGGAAAACACUUACACGUUCACAAAAGCAAUGGGUGAGACUUUAAUCCAAACCAUGCGAGAAGAUGUGCCUGUAGUGAUCAUAAGGCCUAGUAUUAUAGAAAGCUCUUAUAAGGAGCCUUUCCCUGGCUGGCUCCAAGGAAUAAGGAUGACUGAUCCAAUGGUAUUGGCCUAUGGCAAAGGCCAAAUUUCUGGCUUCUGGGGAGAUCCUCAAUCUUUUGUCGACGUUAUACCUGUUGAUAUGGUUGUGAAUGCAACAAUAGCAGCAAUGGCAAAGCAUGGUUGUGGAAACUCUGAGCUCAUAGUUUACAAUGUCACUUCUUCAUCUCAUCCGUAUCCUAUACGAGCAGGCGAGUUUAUGGACCUCGCUUAUCAACAUCUGUGUGACUUUCCAUUGACAGUGAUAGACUUACCCCGAUGGAAGUUCCACAGUUCCUUAGAUGGUUUCACCUCCUCUGUUUUCGACAUAAUAGCAAAACAGGAAAGGGGAACUAAGAAUGAAGGUGGAGAAGCAGAAAAGUCACAUACCACAUUGAGCUUUAGGGGAAGAAGGAUACUAGACUAUUUUGUGUCCCUAGCAAGAACAUAUGAGCCUUAUACGUUCUUUCAAGCUCGGUUUGAUGAUACCAAUACAAGGAGUCUUAUUCAGGAGCUGUCAAUGGAAGAGAGAGAUAUGUUUGACUUCGAUAUCAAAAGCAUUAACUGGGAGCAUUACAUUGUGAACAUUCAUCUUCCAGGUCUCAAAAGAGAAUCUUUGAAAGAAAGAUCAAACUAAAGAGUGAUUGGUUGGUACAACUGCUUGAGUUCACCAAGUGUAUCACCUACUGUUUUUUGUUUCUUCAUAUGUGUGAGUAAAAUUUUCAAUUUAGUUGUCCUUGUAGAAUAAAAUAUUCGUUUCAAAAUAAGUGUCGUUU